AUGUCACUGCUAACUUUACAAAGUCUACCCGAUGUCCGGAGGAUUGCGAGAACAUGGAAUGCUAGACCUGGUAUUAUUCUACGCGUAAUUUUCAAAGCAGAAUUUGAUUGGGUGUUAACUUUCCAACUCUACAAUGUCACUACUGAGGGAGAUAACGAAGAAGGAAGUGAUGUUAAUAAACCGGAACAACCAGGUAUGCCUUCUUCGACCAGUCACAUAGGAGAUGCAGAAGAAGAUAUGGAAAAAUUAGUGCCUGGAAGUGAAGGUUAUGUGAAAGUGACGAAUGGGGUGAAGAAAGUUGAGAAAUUGAAAAGAAAAGGGGUCAAGUUUUGUUCUACCUGA